GUCCUGGACUCCUAGUGUCGAGGCAGCCAGCCAGAUGCCGCACAACGCGCAUGUCUGCAGCGAUCGGUCACGCUGCUCCGUCUGCUCCAAUCAACUGUAACUUUCCCAACACAGAUUUGUAAAAUGGCGACUGCCGAACCGGAAACUACUCCAAAUCCAUCCCUGCUAGAAGAGGGUGGAGCUGAAGAGGCAAAAGAGACUAGUCAAGAAAUUGUUAGCCCAGAAGCCUACAUCAAACACCCUCUACAAAACAGAUGGUCGCUCUGGUUCUUCAAGAAUGACAAGAGCAAAACAUGGCAGGCCAACCUGCGACUCAUCUCUAAAUUUGAUACAGUUGAAGAUUUUUGGGCUCUGUACAACCAUAUCCAGUUGUCAAGCAAUCUCAUGUCAGGCUGUGAUUACUCCCUUUUCAAGGAUGGAAUUGAGCCCAUGUGGGAGGAUGAGAGAAACGUACGUGGAGGACGCUGGCUGAUUACACUUAACAAGCAGCAGAGAAGAUUAGACCUGGACCGCUUCUGGUUAGAAACUCUCUUGUGUUUAGUUGGGGAGGCCUUUGAUGACUAUAGUGAUGACGUUUGUGGAGCUGUGGUCAACAUCCGCGCAAAAGGAGAUAAAAUUGCUGUCUGGACAUCAGACUGUCAAAACCGUGAUGCUGUAACACACAUCGGGAGAGUUUACAAGGAGCGGUUGGGGCUCCCCAUGAAGAUGACUAUUGGCUACCAAUCCCACUCUGACACAGCAACUAAAAGUGGCUCAACCACCAAGAACAAAUUUGUUGUUUGAGAAGCACCCAUUGUGCCCCUUUUCAACUUGUCAUAUUUGUUGGUGCAUUUGUUUACUUUACUGCAAAGACUGCGGAAUGCAAUCCAAGGUUACAUGCCAAAUGCUUCCAGAGCCUGCCAAUCACUUAGACCACAGAAAUAUUUUAAUGUCAAAACUUGGACUGAGCACAUUUUAUUAUGCGUAAGAUUAACUGGUAUUAAUGGCAUUGUCAUACACACAAGCCGAGAAUGAAUUCAAAAGUGGCGUUUAGCACACUUUUUUUAUAAAAGCCAAUAGAAUAUCUUUGAAGUAGUGCUGGGCACAUUUUAAUCGUGAUUAAUUGCGUGAGAUUACCUGCGAUUAAUCGCAUAGUCCUACAAUCCGAUAAUGCAUUCAAAAGUGUUUUUUAGCAAACUUCUAAAUGUACUGCAAUGUUAGAGAAAUAUUAUUUCAUAUUGACUCAUGGGGAAUGAGUUCAAAUAAUUAUCUGUGUUAAAUUGGGAGGUAACUGCGAGUUAACUUGCCAGGCUUAGUUAAAACACUAACACCGUUGUUCGCUCGGACAUCGAUGUAAAAUUAACAUUAUUAGUGCACAUUUUUUAGCUACUAUCUCUAAACAAUGCAAGUCAACAAUGACAUUGGGAUGCAAUAUGGAUGUAACUCCGUAGUGGUUUUUAAGUAAAUUGGAUUAUAGUUGAAUAGUUCAGCAAAAUGGAAACUAAUGUGAUCACUAAAAAAGAAACAUGUUCCGUUCAAUGUCUGGUUUUUGCUGGCCAUGUAAACAUAUCCAAUGAGUGCUAUUACUAGAUGUUGCUACUUAGAGUGCUUCAUGAAUACUCUAAGUAAAAAAAUAUAUAUAUACUACCGGUAAUUCCUUUCUUUUUUUUUAAUUGCAGUCAGUCCUGAAAUGCAAAAAUGUAUUUUUUUUGCCAUUUUCUACAGCAUGAGUGGUUUGCUGUAAUUGUCUAAGAAAUUAAACCCUUUAAUUUAUUCUAGCCUGCAUAUUGUUCAAUUAGCAGGGAAGUUUAACUUUUUUGCCCUGACUGUUGCAUGUAACCACGCUUCUUAGUCUCUAUAUUUUAUGACUGAUGUUCUUUUGGGUUAAUAUAAUUAAAACAGGAGUUUUGCAAUCAUUUGCAAUGUCACUCAUUGCAAAUUCAUAGAUUCUUUCAUCUUGAAAUUGUUGUGUAUUAUGGUAUUACCACUAAGAGUUACUGAUUCUUUAACUCUCUUGCAGGUACCGAUAAUUGUUCGGGUUUAUUAGGGAAAUUGGACCCCAUCAUGUAAUGUUCUGAGGAUCAUAAUAGGGUAAAAAAAAAAAUCUGUGUUUUCAAAAAAAAUUUUAAGUUUUAACUCAUUGACUGCCAUGGCGAUAGAUUUCUAAUCUUUUUUGACUGGAAGGGUUGGCAGUGAUCGAAGAAUUGCUGUCAGGGCCGGCCCUGGGCAUAGGUGACUAGACAGUUGCCUAGGGCGCUGUCUAGUGGUGGGGGUGCCAAAUUGCUUUGGAGGGAGAAAAAAAAAUUCACACUACACUUCCAGAACAUUUUCUAACAUAUCAAAUAUAUUUAAAUAGGCUUUAUAUAAAAAUUGUAGCCCUUUUCAUCCUGGAUUGUAUUAGCCACCUGCUAUUUUGUAGCACAUAUGAGGCAGGGAGGAACAGUCCAUUCUAACAGUAUGUAAGCAGAUCCACUUAAAGAAAAAGGACAAAUAAUGGCAGGGGUUUAAAUUCAGUUUCAAUUUAUUCAUACACACAUUCAUAUUUACAAAGUGUACAUCAUAUCACAGUGCUGAUCAAAGGUCAUUCAAACUAAUAGUUUCAAAACAACAUUAUCACAUAACUAAGUAGCAUAACUAGCAAUUGAUAAAACAUCUGGUGCACUAAAUAAUUAGCACGGAGCCUUAAGUUUAAAUGUUAUUUACAUCUGUAGUACUGCAAUGCAUGGUGGAAGGCAUGAGGCACGUUGUACGACAACAGUGUUGAUAGCAGGUGGCAGCAGAGAUGGCCUGUCUCUCCCAAGGGAAGUGAGGGAUUAAGUUGAUCAGUGAUGACCAAAUGAAGCUCCUUUGAAUGAAUCUUUGCAGCCAAUUGAUUCAAAGCUUCACGAUGGUUCAUUUUCUCAAUGGAAAACUGGUCAUGAAGCCCAAGAGGCAAACAGUGAUGAGAAUUCUUUGGCUAUUUCAGAAAAUGAUAUGAAUGUGCUUGUGUUACUGUAUGAACAGAGUGCAACAAGUUCGACAAGGGUAAUUUGCUAUUCAUUUAUAUUGAGAAACAAUAGCAAGAAAGCUCGCCCGUCUCAUCAGACCAUAAGACAUGGUUCCAGUAAUCCACGUGCUUUGUUGACAUGUCUUCAGCAAACUGUUUGGGGCUUUCUUGUGUACCAUCUUCAGAAGAGGCUUCCUCCUGGGGUGACAGCCAUGCACACCAAUUUGAUGUAGAGUGCGGUGUAUGGUUUGAGCACUAACAGGCUGACCCCACCAUCUCUUCAAUCUCUGCAGCAAUGCUGACAACACUCCUGUAACGAGUCACAUGACAUUUUGGAGAGAAAACGACAAGGAGUAUUCAAUUUGGACAUUUAGGGAUGGACGUAGUUUCUAAGGAGUGUACUCACAUUUGUUGCCAGGGGUUUAGAUAUUAAUGGUUAUAUUUUGAGUUAUUUUGAGGGGAAAAUAAAUUAACUCUAUUAUAUAAGCUGCACACAGACUACUUUUCAUUGUGUCAAAGUGUCAUUUUGUUAGUGUUGUCCCAUGAAAAGAUAUACUUAAAUGUCUGCGGAAAUGCGAGGGGUGUACUCACUUUUGUGAUACAUUAUGUAUAAAACAUAUUUACAUGACUGGAGCAAACAUUAAAGAACAAUGUCUAGCAAUGAGAAAAAAAAAUCA